AUGACUGAACUACAACACCCAUACUACCACAGAGUAAUGAUAAUGACAGAACUACAACACCCAUACUACCACAGAGCAAUGGUAAUGACUGAACUACAACACCCAUACUACCACAGAGUAAUGGUAAUGACUGAACUACAACACCCAUACUACCACAGAGUAAUGGUAAUGACUGAACUACAACACCCAUACUACCACAGAGUAAUGAUAAUGACAGAACUACAACACCCAUACUACCACAGAGCAAUGGUAAUGACUGAACUACAACACCCAUACUACCACAGAGUAAUGGUAAUGACUGAACUACAACACCCAUACUACAACAAAGUAAUGGUAAUGACUGAACUACAACACCCAUACUACUACAGAGUGCAUCAGGAUGCCAGCUUCUCCAGACUCCACCAAUACAAAUCACAGUCCACAAAUAAUCCUGACACAGGGUUAUUCAUCUUGGUGCUUUGGUUAUCUGUUUGUGUUGCCUCUACCCUGCUUCCCUGUCCACGUUCUUGCACGUGUAACACCAGCAGCUUGGAAGUGGAUUGCAGCGGUCGAGGUCUGACCUCUGUGCCCCCUGACAUCCCCCAAGAUACUCGAACUCUCCUGCUGCUUAACAAUCGCCUCAGCUCCCUCCCAGGAGGGUCCUUUGCUAACUUGAGCUCUCUACAUCGAUUGGACCUCUCUAACAAUUUUCUGGAUCAGCUGCCCUCACAGUUGUUGGGGGAGCUUGGAAACCUUACAGAGCUGAGGCUCCGCAAUAAUAGUAUUCGUGGGCUGGACCGUGACCUAUUGCAGGGGCUUCCUCUCCUGCGCAGGCUGGACCUUUCACUAAAUGGACUUUCACAGCUGCCUUCUGGCCUCUUUGAUGAUCUUCCAAUGUUGCACUGGCUCUCACUGCGAUCUAACCGACUACAGAGCUUGGACAGGGUGACUUUUGAGCCUCUGAAUAACCUGGAGAUUAUUCAGUUGGGGGACAAUCCCUGGGAGUGUGACUGUAACCUGCGUGAAUUCAAGCACUGGAUGGAAUGGUUCUCCUAUAGAGGGGGUAAAAUAGAUGAGCUGCAGUGCACGCUGCCCAAGGAUUUGCGUGGAAGAGACAUGCGCACUGUACCAGUUGAGAUGUUCAGCUACUGUUCACAGCUGGAAGAUGAGAACAGCUCUGGUCCUGGGGACAGGCAGGUGCCACCUUGCGCCAAAGGUAGCCCUGUCCCAUCUGAGCCAGAGCCAGCUCCGGACUGUCCCCAAAGACAGCGUUACCGGCCUGCCAGUGUCAGGCGUGCAAUUGGAACAGUGAUUAUAGCUGGUGUGGUGUGCGGUGUGGUUUGUAUUAUGAUGGUCGUAGCAGCUGCCUAUGGAUGUAUCUACGCCUCCCUAAUGGCCAAAUACCAUCGGGAGCUGAAGAAAAGGCAGCCACUGAUGGGGGACACUGAGGGCGAGCAGGAGGAACAAAGGCAAAUCUCCUCUGUGGCAUGAAGGUCCCACUCAUAA